UUUCAAACAAAGGCAUUGUUGAAGCUCAAAUAAAGGCGCUUAUUAAAGUUUCAGAUGAAGUCAGCUGAGACGUAGCAAGACAGGGCACUGUUGUCUGCUGCCUGCUUUUCACUGAAGCGUGGUGCAGUUUUAUAAAAGAAAAUAACACCUGCAGAAAGGAAUCACAACCAGGACACAAUGGAGGACUCUGAGGAUGACAUAGCAGUCAUCGGCAUUGGAUGCAAUUUCCCUGGAGGUUUGACUCUAAUCUCUAAUGUAUCAACUGUUUGUCUUUACCGGAGGUUUAUCGCUGCGCUUUGUUUUAUGUCAGGUCAAACACUGGACACAUUCUGGAGGGUUUUGUUGGAGGGAAAGAACUGUGCAGUAGAUAUUCCAGCAGAGAGGUUUGAUACCAGUUUAUGGUAUGAUGCUGACAGUAGGAAAGCUGGAAAGACACAAACCACCAAAGCAGCUCUCAUAGAAGGCUUUAAUGAACUUGAUCACAAGUUUUUUGGCAUCACUGAAGCGGAGGCCGAUUUGAUGGACCCCCAGCAGAAACUCCUCCUUCUUUGCACAUACAGAGCUUUGGAAGAUGCCGGUUUGGCAAUGGAACGCAUCAGUGGGAGCAGAACUGGGGUUUACAUAGGACUUAUGAACAGGGAUUAUGAGAUGCUCCGAAGUGUCAGUCCCACUACAAUUACACACUACAGUGCCACUGGGACGGCCAUGAGUGUAGCUGCCAACAGAAUUUCCUUCACAUUUAACCUCACCGGGCCGUCGUUCGCCUUAGACAGUGCCUGCUCCUCUUCGUUGGUGGCUGUCCACUUAGCCUGUCAGGCCAUAAAACAAGGAGACUGUGAGAUGGCUCUGUGUGGAGGUGUCAGCUGUAUAAUAGAGCCUCGAGUGUUUGUGGCUCUCAGCAAAGCAAAGAUGGUGUCACCUGAGGGAACCAGCAAACCGUUCUCCAGCAGAGCAGAUGGAUAUGGCAGAGGAGAGGGCUGCGGAGUGGUUCUUCUAAAACCUCUGAAAAAGGCUACAAGAGACCACAACAAAAUCUGGGGGAUUAUCAGCAAAACUGCUGUCAACCAAGAUGGACGCUCAGUGUCUCCCAUCACCAAACCCUCCAUGGUUCAACAGGAGGAGCUCCUGCGACAAAUCUACUCCCAGUCUGACAUCGCCAAUGUGCAGUACGUGGAGGCUCACGGGACGGGGACUCCUGCUGGAGACCCAACGGAGGCGGGAAGCAUCGCUAACGUCAUCGCUAAAGCCAGACCUCCUGGUUCAGAAACGCUGAGGAUCGGCUCCGUGAAGAGCAACAUCGGACACACUGAGUCAGCAGCUGGAGUAGCCGGGCUCAUCAAGGUACUGUUAAUGAUGAAGCAUCAGACUAUAGUCCCCUCUGUGUUCUACUCUGAAGACAGCGCCAGUGUAGAUAUGAAAGCACUGAGGAUUAGUAUUCCCACUAAAGCUGAAUGCUGGGAGACAAAUGGGUCUGAAGAAAGGAUGGCUGGCGUCAACAGCUUUGGGUUUGGAGGCACCAAUGCCCAUGUGAUUGUUAGAGAACACAUGACUACAGAGGUCGAACAGAUUCCAAAGGGCUGCCCAAAAAUCCUCGUGAUAUCUGCAGCCUCUGAGAAAUCAUUUACCCUCACCAUCACUGACACCCUGCAGAGGCUACUUAAUCAGCCAGUUGACUUGUGGGCUCUCACGUACACCUCAGCAUGUGGGAGGACUCAUUCCAGACACAAAUACAGGAAGGCUUUCCUGACCUCAUCCCUCUCAGAUUUACAGCAUCAGCUCACACCUUUUCUGGAGACGAAGGUGGAAUCCUUCAGGCCGGACAUGCAGGUGGUCUUCGUAUUUUGUGGGAAUGGCGUUGCCUACAGGGGCAUGUGCAAGCAGCUACUGAGAGACGUCCCCGUUUUCAGAGACACAGUCACAGAGGUUGAGAAAGCCUUUCAGAGACAUAAAAGCAUUGGUCUUACCAAAUGGCUUUCUGGCGAGUGUGGUGAUCUCAGCAAGCCAGACAUUGUCCAGCCUCUUCUCUUUGCAGUCCAGGUGGGCCUUGCUAAUGUUCUGAAGACCUGGGGUAUCAAACCCGACGCCGUGCUCGGCCACUCUGUAGGCGAGGUGGCCGCAGCUCACUCUUCUGGCCUCUUGUCUCUGGAGGACGCUGUUAAAGUGCUGCACCACCGCAGUUCUCUGCAGAGCAAGGUCACUGGCGGGAAAAUGCUCGUAGUGAGCAACAUGGCUGUCGAAAAAAUUAUAGAAAUGCUUCAAGUCUUCUGUGGUAAAAUCUGCGUUGCGGCUUUCAACAGCCCUCAGUCGUGCACGCUGUCAGGAGAUGGAGACGCUAUAGACGUCCUCCACAAGAGUCUGAGGGGUCUGUGUACAGAUAAAAGACUCUUCCUCCACGUCUUGGAUGUUCCAGUGGCGUAUCACAGCCACCUGAUGGAUCCGAUACUAGAUGACAUUGAAAGAAGCAUCGGGCUUUUAGAUGCCAACACCAUGGAGUGCAAACUUUUGUCGACCGUGACUGGAGGCUGGUAUUCAGAGGGUGACUUCUGCUCUGGCACCUACUGGGCUAAGAACAUCAGGGAGCCUGUUGUGUUUGAACAGACACUGCGUGCUGCUACCAAAGACAAGGAAGCGCUAAAACACGUGGUCUUUGUGGAGAUCGGUCCUCGUAGAGCUCUGCAGAGGAACAUCUGUGAGACUCUGGGCAGCGAUGCCUUAGUUAUUCACUGUGCCCAACCAGGGAGAGAUUAUGACGCUUUGCUGUCUGCUGCGGUGAGGCUGUUUGAACUGGGCAUAGACGUGGACUGGCAUCAGCUCUACAAGGGAUACGAGACCUCGCCCGCAGCCUUUCCAGUCUAUCAAUUUGAAACUCUGAAAAAGUCGUUAAAUUUUGGAGAGGUGAGAAGAGGGGACGUGUCAUUUGCAUGUCCACCCCAUGCGUUCACGUCCCCCAAACACCCUAACAACAAGGAGAGCGUGUAUGUGUGUAACCUCGCCAUAGCCACAGCCCCGUACCUUUGGGAGCAUAAAAACAAUGGUGCUUCCAUUUUGCCAGGAGCAUUUUAUGUGGACCUAGCUUACGCCUCAGUCAUGACAAGUCUAGGCCCAAACAAACUCAUGUCACUGCUCCAACUCAGUCUUACAUUUGAGAGUCUGUUUACACUCACCUCAGACUGUCACCAGCUGAAGGUGACACUCGAGCAUGACGAGAAGGUGGGGUCAUUUAAAAUACAGUCUGACGCCACGACACAUGCCUCUGGCACGUACGUGUACUCAGGUUGCCCACCGCUGUUAGAGGAGCCAAAUAUUUGUAUUGACACAAUCUCUCAAAGAUGCAAAUUGGUUAUGAAGAGGAGAGAAAUCUAUUCCAUUCUUUCGCAGGCAGGGUUUGAAUAUGGCUCUGUCUUCAAACAGCUGCAUGAUGUGCAUUUUGGAGAGGAGUUUAAAGAAGCUGUGACAACACUCCAGGUCCUGGGAGAACUUCUCGAAGACUUACAUGACUAUUUCAUUCACCCUGUGCUAUUAGACUAUUUCUUGCAAAUGACUGCAGUGGUAGCAAUCGGGCAGCUAACAACCAGGCAGGGAUUCCCUUCAGCUAUUGGCAGCAUAUCCAUUUCAGGAGCACUACAGGAGAAAAUGAUCCUGUACUUGCGAGCAACUCAAGACACUCCAGACUUCCUGGAGGUUUGUGGCUGCUUCUCCACCACAGAUGGGAAAGUGCUUGUGGAGCUUAAGGGUGUGAGGAUCUCAUUCAUGGGCAACUGCUCAAAUGUUUCUGAGUCGCUCUUUUUUCACAAUGAAAUAGCUGCAAUCAAAGACGAGAGAGAGUCAAACAAUUUUAAAAUAAAAGCACUAGUGUUUGGAGACAAACUUGGCAUUUUUGAAGGACUUAGGCCACAUUUACACCCAGAGUCAGUCAGUGUGGAGAACAGAGACUGCUGGAUGCCAGAAGAGCUUCACAACUUUUUGUGUCGCUCUCUUGACACUAAGACAGAUUUUUCUGAUAUAAUCUUCAUCUGGGCUGUGGAGGAUCUCAGUCACUUGUCAUCUGAGCAGAUGCUGGACUACUUGGUUACUUCCUGUGAGCUAUUUCGACAGACUGUUACAGCCUUGAGAAAGAGCAGACAUGCCUGCACUGUCCGUGUCAUAACCUACAGAGCCUCAGAAAUGACCGUGGACCACGUGAGUGCUGGCUCUGUGCUCUCUGGCAUGACCAGGGCUUGUGCAGCAGAGAUACCAGCGCUCUCUUUUCAGCUUAUUGACCUUGCUUCUGUCACCAGGGAAGACAUUUGCACCUUAGUCCACAUACUAAACACCUGCAAAAAGCAAGAGGUUAUGAUCAGCAGAGGACGGGCGUCUGCAACCAGAAUAGUACGGAGUCCGGUGGAGGAAACAGCUGCAUGUAGGGGAGAAGGGCCGUCGGUGUGUCUAAGCAACUAUGCUCUGCAGACAAGUGAUCCUUACAUGAUGUCUCACCUGUCUGCCGUCGCCUGUGACACAAACAGAAAGGCUGUCGAAGACAAGUCUGUGGAGAUUCAGCUCAUGAAUCUAUGCACACACUCGUCAGACUUCUUCCCUGUCACAACUUCACAUUUAAACUUCGGUAGGACGAUGUAUUGGAACAAGCACACGUCUAAGAACCACAGUCUUCUUGCUUUAGAUUAUAGCGGCAUUGUCACGGCUGUUGGUAAAGAUGUUGGUGAUGUACGAGUGGGAGACCACGUUGCUGUGUGUUACCCAGUUCUUGCUGCUGCACGCGUUCGAAUUCCUGAAGUGGCGUGUUACUGCACCAGAAGACUCCCGUUCCUCAAAGAGGCCCCUUGUGUGUCAUUUUACAUCGUGGCAUAUGAGAUCCUUGAGCUGAUGCAACCCGCAGUAAAACAACCACGCCCAAAGGUUGUUAUUGUCUCCUCAAAUCCAGCCUCUGCCAUGAUAAAGGUUUUAGCUCUGGCAGCAAACAGGUCGGGUUGGAAUGUUUCCACUCUGCAGCAUUUCAAAGGAGAACAGAUCCAUUUGGAUCAGGGCGAUGCGUUUGUGUUUCUGCCUCCGUUCGAACGCAGCUGGCAGCUCAUUCACGACCACAAGGACGCUGAUCGACACAUUGUUUUCGUGUGCGGGGAUCACAUGUCAGCAGACACGCCAGCGCUGCAGAGUGAUCACAUGCACAUUCAUAAUCUGGAUGUGCGUAAAGUUCUGCAGAAAGCCAGGCUACGAGCACAAAGCAGGAAGGUUUUUAAGUGGAUGAUGUCGUUGGGCUUUGAGUCAGCAUCUUUACCUCUGAAAAGGGAGGUUUUUCAGUUAUCGAGCAUUAAAGGGCCUCAGACCGAUGCAGGCAGUGAAUCUUACUUCACAGCAGCAACAGUGCAGCAAGUUGUUCUACAUCACAGGGAACCCGGCUGUUCAGUGUCUGGUGUCCCCUUACUGACACGUCCUGGACAGCUCUUCAAACAAGGUUGUGUUUAUAUUGUAAGCGGGGGACUUUCUGGCUUGGGAUUGGAGACAGUCAGGUUCAUUGUUCAUCAUGGCGGAGGCUUUGUUGCCACACUUUCCAGAAGCUCCCCAACGGACGAAACACAGUUUAAAAUGGACCUCCUCCAGAAAAGAUUUGGGGUCACCAUCGCCAACGUCCAGUGUGAUGUCUCGGUGUCACAGCAGGUGGUGGAUGCUGUGUCAGAGAUUCAGUUGAGAUUCGCUCCUCAUCCCAUCAGAGGAGUAUUUCACAGCGCCGCGGUGCUGCACGACGCCCUGAUCGAAGGGUUAGAUGCGUCGGCCUUCCGAAAGGUGCUGCGGCCCAAAGUCAGCGGCGCUCUGAACCUCCACUACGCAACGCUGCAUAGCCAGCUGGAUUUCUUUGUGUGCUACUCCUCCAUCUCCUCAUUCAUUGGCAACGCCUCCCAGUGCAACUACGCUGCAGCAAAUUCUUUCCUCGACACGUUCUGCCAUUAUCGUAGAAACCUGGGGCUCGCCGGCCAGUCCAUCAACUGGGGGCCUUUGAACCUCGGCCUCUUGUUAAACCAAGGCCAUUUCCAGAAGUUCCUGGAAGCAAAGGGGAUGAAGAUCAUGGAUGUCUGUGAAGUGCAUGAAGCGCUUAGAAAGUGCCUUUUAAUUAACAGAGCGCAACAGGUGAUAUGCAAGUUUAACUUCAGGAAUCUGAACAUUCACGUUCUGUCACAAAACGCCUCCCUCAGGGAACGACUGUCACCUCUGGUGGAAAUGGAGCUUAAAGACAAUGUUAGAGUGGAGCAGAGCUUUCAGAGCUCAUCAUCCACACAUGAAACUGUCAAAAGCGUUGUCAGUCAGAUAAGCGGUGUUGGCGUCCAUGAGCUGGACAGCGACUCCGCUCUGAGCUCACUCGGUAUUGAUUCAAUGUUGGCCAUGACUCUACAGAACAACAUCUUCCAAGAGACUGGAGUGAAUGUCCCUCUGGUUAGAAUACUGAACCCUCACAGUACACUCAGUACUGUAGUGACCUUUGUGCUCAAUAAUGGAUAAGUUGAUGUAACAUAU